AUGGCGAUGGUCCAGGCCGAACGUGCCGCCAACGAAGCUCGCUUAACGGCGGAAGCCGCUGCUCGUACUUCCAGCGAAGAAGCAAAACAGAGAGCAGCGGAAGCAGAGGAGGCGCGUAAGCGAACCGCAGCUGUCCAAGAACAAGCCGUGAAGGACGCCCAGGCCGCCCAGGAGCAGGCCAGGAAACUACAGGAGGCUGCCAAUGAGGAGAAGAGGAAGGCGACUGCCGCCCAGGAGGCGGCCAACGCGUCGAAGAAAGUAGCAGAGGAGGAAGUAAGGGUGGCUAAUGCCGCCAAGAAGGAGGCUGAACGCAAGUUGAAAGAAGGUAUUCAACCUGUGGUGACUCCCACACCUGAAGAAGUUAGCGCUGCCAAGCGGAAAGUUCAAUAUCGCGAGGACCUUUUCCACUUCGCAGUAGCUGGAGUGGCAGGAGGAGGGAAAUCAUCUCUCAUCAAUGCCUUCCGCGGCUUGCGCAAUAAAGAUAUCGGAUCUGCCGCGACUGGCGUCACCGAGACAACGCUGGCCAUGGCCAGAUACGCCAGCCCCAAUGCGGAAUACCCAUAUGUCUGGUAUGACAUUCCGGGCGCAGGCACGCUCAAAAUCCCAGAUUGGCAGUACUUCAACGCCCAAGGACUUUACGUCUUUGACUGCAUCAUCGUCCUGUUCGACAAUCGCUUCACCAUGACCGACAUCGCCAUCCUCACCAACUGCAGGCGUUUCAAUAUCCCCACAUAUAUCGUGCGUUCUAAGGCGGAUCAGCACAUCCGCAACAUCAUGAAGGAUAUGGGAUACGACAGCGAUGACGAUGAGAGCGAGGACCAGAAGAAGAAGCUUUACCAGGCUGCACGGCAGCAAUUCAUUCAGCAGACCCGCCAGAGCGAAAAGCGACCGAAGAAGGUGAUCGACGAGAUAGAGUUGUUGAACGACUUGAUCGGAGAAGCCCAGACCAGGCGAGCGCGCCGUGAUGCUGAAGGGGCGACCACGAAGGAGAAGUAG